GUGGUUGUGAUUUCUGUGCCUUUGCUGGAUGGAGGACUGGAUACAUAGAGAAGAGUGGCACUCAUGAAAGCAGCUGGACUCGACAAGUUUGAAAAAAAUGAUAAUGAGGUUGAUGAGGGGGCGGAGGAUGAUCAAAGUAAUCCAGCGCAGCUGCUCAAUUCUGCGGAUGGAAAAGUCGAUGGACUCGUUGUGUACGACCAAGAUGAUGGUAUGAUGACUACCGUAAAAACCACGGCAAUAGCCUCGGAUGAAGAGUGGGACGCGCGCGACGACGACAGCGGCGAGGACAGCGCGGGCGGCAACGAAGCAUGUCAGGAUGGGCAGGGCGGCGGUGCAGAGAACAGGAAAAAAAGGGGAGCAAGCAGUUUUCUUGCGUCUGGAGCAAAAUUGAGCAGGAAGGAUGAGAGCGGUCGGAGCGCGAGAAAGUCUGUCCCGGCCCCAAAGAAGAGCCAGAAGAAGAGGAAAGGGAAAUCGAGGUCGGGCAGCGGAGGACACGAUAAGGGGGGUAAGGACAAGGCGGGUAAGAAGAAGGGGCGGCUUCUCAAAAAGCGGGACAAACCCCGGGGCAACGGGAAGAACAGGCACUUGUUGAUGUGAGUCUCAGAAAUGAGGGGCAGAGGGGGAGGCGCGGAUGUCUUUGAAAAU